UCUCCAGGUUCUUUGCAACUGCAGUACUGGGGUACACCGGAUUCGGUCGCCGCGCGGCAUUCUAGUUCGCAUCGUGAAUCCAGACGCUCGCCGCGUGACGACUCCCGCAGGUCAUUUGAGCAGAUAAAUCAGCAGCCGAAUUUUCAAAAUGUCUCUUUCUGAAUUCAGGCGGAAGAAGCUACUUUACGUGUUCAACGUUUUUUUCGAUGUCAAUCAAAGCGGAACGAUAGAGAGGAAAGACUUUGAACUGGCCAUAGAGAAAAUUUGCAGUCUUAGAGGCUGGAAGCCGGGUGAUGCGAAGCACACCGAGACCCACGAGAUCAUGAUAAAGAUCUGGGACGGGCUGCGAAAGAGGGCGGACUCUAAUAAAGAUGGUCAGGUGUCCGUCGAAGAGUGGAACUCGAUGUGGAACGACUACGCCCUGAAUCCAUCAGCUGCUCUCAAAUGGCAGCAACUGUACUGCCACUUCAUGUUCCAACUGGAGGACGCCAGCGCCGACGGCUCCAUCGACUCCGACGAGUUCACCACUGUCUGCUCCUCCUACGGCAUCGAUCCUCAGGAGUGUAAGGUGGCAUUCACUAAGAUGGCUAAGGGUAAAAGCAGCGUCUCUUGGGAUGAAUUCCAAGAACUAUGGAAAGAGUAUUUCUCUACUGAAGACACUAACGCAGCUGGGAACUUCAUAUUUGGCAGAACUAGCUUCUAAGUAAAAUUCAAAGAGAUGUUGAAAGCACUUUCGAAUACAACAGAAUGUGGGAAGAAGCCAUUGAGGCCAUCAGUCUCAUCAUUCCAAUUAGUUUUACGCCAUCUUGGAUUCUAGGUCUAAAGACCGAGAAAUAAAAGCCAAGACCAAUUUUGAAAGAGUGUACACUGGCCAUUCUAUUGAAAUUACUUUGACAUCUUUCGAAAAAUCAAAUUUGAAAAUUCUCUGAAAUCAUGGCUUUCGAAAACGGCCUAAUUAAGGUGAAUUUAUUUAUUUAACCGAGAUAGCUAUCAGAAAACUUAUUAACUGUCUAAUAUUAAUAUUCAAUGCUUAUAGGUGCCAAUUUAUCUAUUAAAAAUA